AUAAAAUUAUAAGUUUUAAAAAAAAGUUUGUUUUUUAAGUAUUUUACUUUUUAUGUUUUCUAACUUAAUUUGACUAAAGAUUUAGUGAACUUAAUAGUAGACAAUUACCAUAGAUAUAUAAAUACGUAUUUAUAUGUCUGUGACGAUUACUUAAAAUAUUUUAUAUAAGGUAAAUUUAAUCAAUUGUAUUCAUGGAUGUAAAUGAAAAUCCAAUAAAAUGCAUUUUUAUUAGUCAUUUUCAUCCAAUAGCAGGCCCUAAAAUAUUAUGUCAGGUGCCUAGUAGUUUCAUUAGUAAAGAUACUUUUGAAACUGUAAGUGUGUACAUAAUUCCAAAAGGUCAACUCCAAAGAUGUAAAAUAACAAUAACAACAAGAGAUACAAAAAUUUUGGGUUAUCCAGUGCAUAUUAGUGAUAAAAAAUAUGCUCGUAAUGCCUACUACUUUAAUUUGUGUUUUGUUUGUGAUCAUUCUUCUCAUACUGUCCAAUAUGAACCAAUUGUAAAAAAGUUGUCAAAUUUUUUAACAAAUCUAGAAAUCGAAGAUAAUUUUUUAUCUAAAAAUGAUAAAUCAAUAGAAACUAAAGAACAUUUGUUGUUUCUUUUAAAAAAAGUUAUGAAUGAUAUCAACAUGUAUAAAAAAUGUGUUUUGAGUGCUCGAGAUACAAUUGUAUACUUAAAUGUUGUUGAAGUAUCACCCAAUCCUCCAGUUCCAUUAGAUUAUGAUGUACCAUUGUUAGUUAGUCCUUUAGAACUAACAGAAGAUCAUUGGGAUUUAACAACAAGACAAGUUGCUCCUUUUAUUGAUGGAGUUAACCAUGUAUCUAAAAUUGCUGAGCUUGCAAAAUUGGAUAUUGAAAUGGUGACUGCAUGUAUACAAAAUUUAGUAUAUUGUAAUGCAGUUUCAUUAGUUGAUUUAUUUCGUUAUAGCAACAUGUAUGUGUCAACUACUAAAAUAGGUAUUUUAGCUAGAGACAAGAGUCGUUAUGAUGAAGCAAUUGAUGUUAUUUCACGCCCAAAUGGAUCAAAAACAACAAUAAAAAGUAUAUUUAGUAUGUACUCUGCAAUGCGACAAGGAUCUCGUUUAAUUGAUGUUUGCUUAAGAUUUAAUCCGGCUUCUCUUAGUAUCGAUGAAAGAAAUUUAGUCCAUUAUGGUUUAGCUAAUGGUUAUAUCCGUCAGAUACGAAAGGUGAAACAUAACUUUUGAUGUAGUUACUAUUUAAUUACAUUUUUUAAUUGUCUAAUCACAUAAAUAUAAGUGAUGAUUUAAAGUGCUAAACUGUAAAGGUUUUAUUAAAGGUAUUGAUAAGCAAAAUGGGUAUCUCUUUAUUACUAUUGUUAUUACAAUCAAUUAUAUAGUAUGCUUAUUUCUACUUAGGAAAGUUUUUUGUAUCUACUAGGU